AUGCAUCUUGUUACAUCUUCUAGAGAUGAGAGGACAAUUUCUCGUGCAAUUGAACUAAACGAAGAACUUCAGAAAGUUCGUGUAAGAUAUGGUGACCUUGUUCCUGAUAGAAAUACAACAACAACUGCUAAUGAACAGGUUCCAAAAGUUCUUCCAGAACACGAUGAUGUUGUAUCCGACAGUGCUACAACAAUUGUUGCUACUCAUUUCAACCUUCAAGGAUCAGAGGAGGAAGAAGAGCCCUAA